AUGCAUAGAUUUAUCAUCUUGAGAAUAAACGAUUUCGGCGUUGAAAAUUUAACACGUCGUGCUGUUCGUCUACGUGUUCUUGAUUUAAGUGAUUCAAGUUUAAUUACUGAUAAAUCAGUAACGAGUGUUCUACGUAAUUGUCUUCAUUUAGAACAUAUUGCAUUUUCACGUUGUUAUGCAAUUGCACCUAUUACCUAUGCAUCAUUAAAACAAUUACGGCAUCUUAAUUCUUUGGAUAUAUUUGGUGUUGUUGAUCAACGCGGUUUAGAAAAAUUAAAUUCUUUACUUGGUUCAUCGAUUAGUUUAAAUCAACAACGUUUUUCUUAUGUUGCUCGACCUACUUAUGGUGUCCGUCGAACAGCAAUUUGGGGUCUACGAACACGUCCUUAA